AUGCCACUGGCAAUAAAGAGCGAGGCGCGUCGCCGCUCCAGCGGCCAGUCCAGCUCACAGUCGGCCUCGAAAUCCAGCAUCGAGGCGAAGCCGAACCACGACAUGUGGGCGGUGAAGAGCACUGACGGCACCAUGUUGGAAACCGAAGGCAUGUGGUGGGAAUGGCAGUGGUGGGGCCCAAGUGGCUGGAGCUUCUUCAGCUCUUGGGUCACAGAACAGAUCGAAAAGGCCUUUGCCUUGGGUCGGGCCUCGUGUAGUCUUCUCUACGACGGCCGGCAAGUGGAGUUUAACCUGGCCAGUGGCAGGGAGGUGAACGGCGAAGGCCGCAUUCGCCGAAUUCGCAUGCCCUGUGAUGAGUCCUUCCACGGGGCAUCAGUGUGUUCUACAUUUCUGGCGUCUACGCUCAGCGAGCCUCACGGGCCGUCUCUGUGGACCAACGGAAUGGCUGGAGAAAGCAAGCUGCUUAGUGUACAAGAAGAUCCCGGCUUGCUCUCGCCCAGCCGGACGCAAAGUAUCGUCGUUGAACCCAGCAUCUCUGCUGGGUUCUCAUCGGAUUGGUUUGCAGAUGCGCCCUCCCGGAACCACAAACCCGGCCGCCACGGCAGUCGUGUAAAGCACCGGGGUCUGUCUCAAGAGUUCGCCGUCCCGGCGGCUGUCUCUGUGAAAGAUAUCAUCAGCCAGCCAGUGGUUGCAAGCCGCACUGAGCCCGACCACCACGUUUGGCGCUGCGAAGCGUACGAAGCGCUGAACCGAGCCGGCCAGCUGCAGGAGCAAUGCACGGCCGUGCUCACAAGUUGA